AUAUAUAUAAUAAUGUUUAUAUAUUAAUAGUCUAUGUGUAUAUGCGUGGAAAAAAACUAUGUGUAUACACACCCCUGCAAUAUAUAAGCGUGUUUCUAAUGGCUAGAAUGAAUACACACACACACACACCCAGCUAAGUGCAGUAAAUACACAAAGAGACACGGUGGAAUUGAACACAAUGGACUCACACUGCCCCUGUUGAUUCUAAGAAGAACAGAGUUCAGCUACAGAUUCGGUUUAGUGGAGGGUUUAAUGUUGUCUCAGUCUAUUUUACUAUAGCACAUAUUAAUGUAUAAUCAAAUGCACCUCAUAAAAUGUUUAUUGAAAGCCAUUAAAAAGCCUGAUAGUUCUCCUCCACCUGUUUGGGAAGGGAGAAGGGGCUUUUGCGCCCGGGCAAGCCUGCCCUGUGUAAGUGAAUAGCAGCAGCACGUUGCCCCUUCCCAAGGCGCUGCCUUCUCUCACAUGUCACUGGGGCUCCCUGGAUUCUUGUUCGAGCCUAGUAAAACAAGUUUUAUUUUCUCAGGUCAAUAAUCGGAACAUGCCCCUCUCUGGUGCUGCCAUGUGGGUGCCUACGGUUUAAAGGGUAAUUAAACAAAUUCGGCAAAGUGAUUAAAAAUGAAUGGCAGGCAGGGCUGAAAGGGAUGGCAAGAAAUAGUCCCUAUUAAGUGCUGCUUUACAUUUUUACAAGGGCGCCGAGUCUUUGUGCGCAAAGGCGCAAUGUGCCCCCUGUCCCCUGUGCGCCUUUCCCUCUAUCUGUGCGCACUUCCACUUUGAUUCUUAAUUGUAUGUGUUUUUAAUCACAUCAGCCCCGUUAAGCGGAUUGAUUUACUCAGUAUUGGUAAAUAUGAUCACGUGGACUCCGCAACCAAUGGACGGAGGUUGCAGUCUGCAAAAUACUAUGAUUGUUCUCAGGGAGGGUAUUGCAUACAGUUAAGAGUGUAACCUUUUAUAUGAGGGAGAGGGGAGCCCAAAAUGUCGUCAAGUGGGACCAUAAGUAACUAUUAUGUGGAUUCUCUCAUAGGACAUGAGGGCGAGGAGGGCUACGGGGCCAGGUUUUCCCAGGCGGGUCAGAACACGACCCCUAGGCCAUCAGGUGACGGGGACACUUCAGAUUUCCAUUCCUGUAGCUUUGCUUCCAAAUCCGGCGUCUUCCCCACGUCCUGGACAACGGUUCAGCCUCAGCCUGCCGCAGGGAUGACAGGGAUCUACCACCCGUACGUGGGCCAGUCGCACCUUGCAGCAGACAGCGGCAGAUACACGGUGCGCUCCUGGCUGGAUCCCAUCUCCAGCGCUGCGCCCUCCUUCUCUGGAUUCCCCGCUAACGGGCGCAACUACGGCAUCAAACCUGAGAGCGCUGCAAAGAGGACAGAAUGCUCAUCGUUUGGCCCCCAGGCACUGACUCUGCCCGAAUACACAUGCAAUUCCUUCCCAGAAAGCACAGAGAAGCCCCCGGCCAAGGAGCCUGCAGCACCCAGCGAGGAGCCCAACAGCACUGAACUCAAGGAGGAGAAGGAGCAGCAGCAACAGCAGCAACAACAGCAGCAGCAACAGCAGCAACUUGACCCAAAUAACCCUGCAGCCAACUGGAUCCAUGCUCGUUCCACCAGGAAAAAGCGCUGCCCUUACACCAAAUACCAAACUUUGGAACUGGAAAAGGAAUUUCUCUUCAAUAUGUACCUCACCCGGGACCGCCGCUACGAGGUGGCCAGGAUAUUAAAUCUCACCGAGAGGCAGGUUAAAAUCUGGUUCCAGAACAGGAGAAUGAAGAUGAAGAAAAUGAACAAGGAGAAGGGGAAUAAGGACCUCUAACCCAUUGGGGAAUGCACUGAUUUCCUUGUGUAAAAACUUGGAGCAGUUAAAUAUAAAUAUAUAUAUAUAACGGUCUUUUUUUCCGCAGUAGAUGUAAAUGUGUAAUUGUAUGUGGAUUUUUUUGUUCUCAAAACUCCGUUUACUGUCAGUGCGCAUCGAAAGAUGCAACAUUUUUUUUAUUUGUUCAUUUUUAUUUUUUAAUUUUGUUUUAUUUUUUUUUUUUACAAUUUACUGUGAUUGCACGUUAGGUCAUACAGGUAGGUAUUGCCGUUUUGUUCUAAGUUUUUAUACAUCGGAUUGUUGUAGGAUAGGAGAUUUAAGUACCUGGCAAAGUUAGGCGGUGCACAUAGCAAUGCGUGGGCAUUAGGGCCACGAUUAAUUAAACAAAUGCUCACAUUAGGAAACUAGGCGCAGGGUAUUUUCAACAUAUUUACACAUAAAUAGGAACCUAUAAUCUGCAUGGGCUGCCUCAGAUCGAUUCUUUUUCUCCGUGUCUUGAAAUAAAGUGCAUAUUUACCUCUGGAAAUAUAGGAAAGGCCUAGGUUUAGAUGGCAAGGCUAGUUAUUUAUUUACUUUUUUUUAACCAGAUUUUACAAAUUCAGCUUGGUUUGUACUGAAUUAAACAUGGUGUGGAAUCUGGUUCGUAUUUUUGUGUUUUUUUUUUGUGGAUGAGAAAGUGAAUCAGAUUGUUUGAAGGCAGAGGGGUGUUAUUAGGUAAAUACCCAGUGCAGAUCGCAUUUGUUUAUCCUAUGUACAAAAAUGAAAUUCGUUGGUGUAUUAGAAACAGCACAGUUUUGGGGUAUAAUCUGCGGAUUUUAGGGGCGAAUUGUCAGUAUAAUCUGAAGCAUUUCGAUAAUCGUGCACUGAAAGUAACAACAACUCGUUUCUUUCAUGAUUACUAUAACCAGUGAGGCAUUCACCGAGUUACACUGGAUUAUACAAUUCUCUGGCCAAAUGUUCUCAUGUGAAUCAGGUAUCAUUGUGGGUCUGUGUUUUAGAAGUUCCUUGAAUUUCCAUCUCUCUUUCAACGAUACUCGCCCAAAGUUCACUGAACACUAAUAUAUAUUUUUAAUUUAAAUGAAAGCACUGAAAAUGGUUUUAUGUGUGUGUAUUAUUGUGGUUUGCUAUGUACAAGUGACACCCUUAGGAAUGGACAGUCUGUUGGCUGUAAUAAGGAGGAAACGAAAUAGUUCCAGCAUCUGUGCUUGGGAAGAAUAAGAGUUUUUCUUAGCAUUUGGGACCCCCUCAUUGUCUUAUAAUUCUUUUAAAACAGGAAGAAGCUCGGUGCAAUAAAGCCAUUUGGAUGGCUAGACGUCUGGACUUAAUGGUUUUACGAUGUACCAUUGCGUUUUUUCUUUGAAACCAGUUUAUUUUGAUGUUUGUCUCAGCUGACAACAAAAUUCUGAAAACUUGGACUAUGUUUACGGUCGGCCUUUUAAAUGCCCAGACUGGGAAAAUAAUCUGUAAAGUAUAUUACAAAAAAUAUUCUCUACUGUUAUGGAUCGGCCUUCCAAUUUUAACAGAGAAAAUACUGAAAUAAAGAGACAAUUUUUUUUUUCUAAAAUGGAUUAACUAAAUUUUUUAAUUAGAUCAACUUGUGCUUGGUCUUUAAAUAUUUUAAUGGAGUAGUGCGUAAAACGAAAAUAAAGUGUCUGUGAUUGUGA